AUGGCUGCUCCACCUUGGCCCUCUCCAACAAAGACAUGGCAUGACGACACAUAUCCGGCCAUCGAUCCAACCCGCCCAGAGCUCAGCUUAGCUGGCAAGACGGCAGUUAUCACUGGCGGCGGUAUUGGCAUCGGCGGAGCUAUUGCCCAAUCAUUCGCUAAAGCAGGCAUUUCUCAUCUUGCCUUGAUCGGGCGACGGCUCCAAGUUUUGGAAGAGAAGAAAGCCCAAAUUGCCAUUAUUAAUCCUCAAACAGAAGUUCUGCUGCUCCAAGCAGACAUUGCCAACCAAGAGCAGAUCCAAAGGGCCUUUGAAACCGUGAAAUCCACGUUUGGAGAGCCAAAAAUUCUCGUUAACAAUGCUGCGUACUUUGAUGGAACAGUUUCGGUGCUGAAGGAUAGUGUCGAUGACUGGUAUCAAGCCUUCGACAUCAACGUCAAAGGCAGCCUUCACGUCGCCAGAUCUUUCUUAUCUGUCGCAGCACCGUCACCUAGAAUACUUAAUGUUUCUAGCGGACAGGCUCAUCUAGACGCCAAACUGUUCCCAGGAAUGUCAGCCUAUCUGUCGUCCAAGAUGGCGCAGCUCCGUAUGUUUGAGGCCAUACAAGUCGAGCGGCCGGAUGUGGUGAUUGUGAGCUGCCAUCCAGGGCGAGUGAUGAGCGAAAUGUCAGCUAAGAUUGGUAGGAAGAAGGGCAUUGAUACUCUUGACCUUUCGGGCGAUUUCGGUGUUUGGGCCGUCAGUGACGAGGCUACAUUUCUCAAGGGUAGAAUGGCGUGGGUCAAUUGGGACGUCACCGAGCUCAAGGAGAAGAAGGAUGAGAUUAUAAAUGAUAACUUGCUCAUAGUUUCUCUUGGUGGCUGGCCGUUCAAGGAGUAG